AUCCAUCUUUGUCUUUAUAAAAGCAACACAGAAAAUCAAAUUUAAAGUUCUUCACAUCUCAAAAAUGGCGUUUCAUAUGCAGCUAUCAUCUUCAUCUCUCAAACUCCCUCUCUCCACAAACCCAAUCAAUCCAUCACUUUCCCCACACCCACAGUCACUACAGCUACCUUCAUUGGCUUCUUCUUCUUCUUCUUCUUCCCUUGGCUCCAAAUCUUGGAAUUUCUUCCUCUCCGGCACUCUCUCUCUUGCUCUUUCUCUCUCCGGAGUGGGAUCUGCUGAAGGGAAAGUUGGGGUAAACAAGCCAGAGUUGCUACCUAAAGAGUUCACUACUGUAAUUGAUGUUGCAGGUUUCCUCUCCGAUGGCCAGGAAAAGAGGAUUUCGCAGGAGAUAGCCGCCCUUGAAAAGGACACGGGAUACAAGUUGAGAGUUUUGGCGCAGAAUUAUCCCGAUACACCCGGACUAGCAAUCAAGGAUUUCUGGAAAGUGGACGAUAACACAGUCGUGUUUGUCGCUGAUCCGACAUUCGGAAACAUACUCAACUUCAACGUUGGCGCUUCCAUUGAUUUCGACGUGCCACGUAGCUUUUGGAGCCGGCUAGCAGGGAAAUAUGGAAACAUGUUUUAUUGGAAGGAAAAGGGAGAAGAUGCAGCUAUUGAAUCGGCGGUCAUGGCCAUAUCGACGUGCCUUAGAGAACCAGCGGGCGCCAAUAGUUGCUCGGAGGUAAAAUAAAUUCCGUUGUACCAGAAAAUCUAUAGAGGGAAUCGCCACGGCCUCUUUUCAUGCAAGAACGAAGAUUUCGUAUGGCAAUGUACAACAGUCAUCGUCAUCGUCAUCGUCAUCGUCAUCGUCGUGUCUAACCUAUGACUACAUCUAUGUAUAAUAUGAACCAGAACAAACAUUAGUAUAUGUAUAUGAUUACAGCAAUAUUUAGCGCAA